CGCACGAGAGUUGGGUUGCAUGAAGUGACUCCUCUCCCACAUGCAGUUCGUGAUUCAUGUUUGCCUCGCUAAAAUCUGAUUUUAAAGCCACAAAAUACGAUUGGAGGGAUGUGAUCUACGGCUCAGAGAAAAAUGCAAUUUUCAAUUGGCUCAACGGCUUCAAGGAGGGGUUAACUGAGAUAACCCGGAAACGAAGGAAGAAUAUCUCCUCGCAGACUCAGGACUGUCAGUCUUGCCAUGGUUACUGUCAACGAGUCUACAGAGGCAGCACACGCUGGAGCUGGAGUUGACAAGCCUUUCGCAGAGGCCGGCCCAAGCCAUUUAUCUCGGGUUUUGAGAAUCAGUCAGCUGGAUGCUUUUGAACUGGAUGGUGCACUGGAACAGCUUGUUUGGUCACAGUUCACCCAAUGUUUCCUGCAUUUCAAACCUGGGCUCUUAACCCCUGUGGAACCAGAACUGAAGGCCCUUCUCCAGCUUCUCUUGUGGAGGUUCACAGUCUACUCCAACAGCACCACUGUGGGCCAGUCACUGCUCAACAUCCGGUACAAGAACGCUUUGAUCUCGGGCCAAAAGUACAGGCCCAUGAGUCGACAACAGAAGCUCUGGUUUGCUCUUCUAACUGUAGGUGAAAAGUGGCUCAAAGAACGCUCUCAUAGCUUGUUCCUCAGCCACCCUGCAGAGUCCAAUAUGCACAAAGCCCGUAAAGCACUUGACAUCUUCUCAGGCCUCACCAAAGUGGCCAGCCUGGUCAACUUCCUUAUUUUCCUACAGAAAGGCACCUUUCCUACUCUGACAGAAAGGUUGUUGGGAGUGCAACCUGUCUUCAGCCGACCUCAAGGACCACGGGACAUCAACUUCCAGUACCUGAACCGAGAGCUUUUGUGGCAUGGCUUUGCAGAGUUCCUCAUCUUCCUACUUCCUCUCAUUAAUGUGUGGAAACUGAAGGCCAGUGUCUCUUCCCUGUUCUCCCCUCUGAAUGAGCUGAAAGGUGGAGACUGUUUGGAGGAGACCUACUGCACAGUGUGUGCCAUUUGCGGGGAGUGGCCCACCAUGCCUCAUUCCAUCGGCUGCAACCAUGUUUUCUGCUAUUACUGCCUCAAGAGCCACACCAUCGCAGACAUCUACUUCACCUGCCCUAAAUGUGGUGCAGAAACAGGGACUAUAGAGCCAGUCAGACUUCAGAUAGAGAUGACUGUGUUGCAUCAGAGUUGAGUUCCCAGAGGAAGACUAUGCCUCAAACAGACUGCUGAUUGACUUGAUCUCAAGUUUUCCCUCUGUAUGUGUAUUUCAAGUUGAACGUUUGAGUGUAUCACAGAGAUUGGUUGAUGAAAGCAUACGGCUCGUGCCUUUUUCUGAAAUGAGAGUAUUUGUCGCCAUGAAAUAUGCAGAAUUUUGUACAAAGACUGACUAGAGACAAACUUGAUGUAAAAUUCUAAAACAACAUCAUUUGUGUCACUAAUUUAUUCAUCCUCAUUAAAGUUUGAUCGAAACUGUGUAUCAGAGGUCCACUUUUCUGCAUUCUUGGAUGGAGUGCCGAGCAAAUGAAUAAACAUCAAAACAGCCCUUUGCUCGACUGCCUGCACGAUCCAAUUCCCCUCAUCCCCUAUGAAGUGAGAAAUUUGCACAAGAUCAAGGAGAGGCCAUGAUAGCACCAGGGGGGUGGUUGGGUUGGAUGCAGAUUGACAGACAUCCCGUCAUAAUCUCCUUGGCCCUUCUUAAGACACCAGUAAACUGGAACAAACCCGAGUAGGACCAAUGCAAGUUUCAGGCAUAUUAUGCACUAAGCGUAAUAAUGACUGAAAAAAUUGUUAUUUAUUCUGCUGUUAACUCUCUCCAGUGAGCCAUGCCUCAGGCCAAACAAACCCAAAUGGACUAAGGCCUGCUGGAAACUCUUAACAUAUCCCACCCCCAUCACCACUACCAUAUUGCCUUAACUGCCCAUUAUGAAGGCUAUUAGUCAGUUCUCUGGGCAUGAUGGGUCCUGUGUUUUGCUGGAUUUUGUAAGUGCUGUGCUGAAGUUUACUGUGACAGAAUUUACAACUGGGAAAGUGGCACACAUCUGCCCUCUUGUAAGUUUAUUCAUGUAUGGUCAAAUACACAGGACCACCAAGAAGUGUAGCUCUUACUAAAUGCAAUGCUAUCCUAGUUUACACAUGCUCUGGGUUAACAAAUGUUCAAAAGAUGUUUGAAUGUGAAACCAUAUAUUUAUAACCUUUGUUUUGUUUUUGUUUUUCAAAGGAUUAAAGGAAUUAGCCGCCACUGUUUUGGAAAUGUCCUCCAGUAAUGGUUGCCUAUUUAAAAUGUACACAACAUAUGGUUCUGUUUUUUUACGCAUAGAUCGGGUCCAAGCAUUUAACAUCUGUCCCUUAGAGUUGGUUUAUUUCAGAAAUAAACAAGCGUUUUAGGAUCAAAAGCAUUCAGAACAUUAUCUCGUAAAACGUUUUUAUCUCACCAGAUACACAAGAUUAUUGUAUGAUAUUUUUUAUAUAGCUGCACCAAGAAAAGAUUAAUGAAAUUUAAAGCAAGCACUCAUAUGACCCUAGAUUAUUUUGACAUUUGGUUCAUGUUAAUGUGUUAUCUAAACUUAUGAAUUGGUAACACUUUACAAUAAGGUUCCAUUUGUUAAAAUUAGUUAACAACUUUAGUUAACAUGAACUAACAAUGAACAAUACUUUUACAGAUUUUAUUAAUCUUAGUUAAUGUUAAUUUCAGCAUAUACUAAUAAUUUUUGGGCCCACGUUAUUUUAGGUGGCCUUAACUAUUAUGUACUUAACCAUUUGAUACAAUGCACUUAUUAUGUAUAUACAUGUUGUUGCAUUGUAAUUACAUUUAAAGUACGUGCAUUUCAUUACAUUUGCAGUUACACUGUUAACUUUAACCCUACACUUACUCCUAAAUCUACCCGUACCUCAACCUCAGUAGCAGCAAAUGAGGGAAUUUUAAAGAACAACAUGUAGUUACACAGUAAAUACAUAGUCUUGUAUGUAUUUAAUGUUAGUACAUAGUAGUUAAGGCCACCUAAUAUAAAGUAUGACCUAUUUUUUAUUUAUUUUUUAAUCAAAAGUUGUAUAUUUGUUAACAUUAGUAAAUGCACUAUGAACUAACAUGAAUUAACAAUGAAAAUAUUUAUUUUUAUUAACUAAUGAUAACAAAGAUUAAUAAAUGCUGUAAAAAAAAUAAAAAAAAUACUGUUCAUUGUAUGCUCAUGAUGCCUAAUGCACUUAUGUUAACACAUGGAAUCUUAUUAUAAAGUGUAACCAAUGAAUUAAAGGGAUAGUUCAAUCAAAAAUGAAAAUUCUGUCAUUUACUCACACUCACGUCGAUUUAAACCUGUAGGACUUUCAUCCAUGGAACACAAAAGAUGUCAGGCAGAAUUCACCAAUCACCGUUCACGUUCACUGUUCCUGCUCAUUACAAAAUUAUACAUUCUUGAUCCUUUGAUGUCAGGCAUCGAUUUCUCAGAUUAACAGGUUUAGAAUUAAAGCGCUUUUAGUCUGCGUAAUACCAGUACUUAGCCUUUGUAGCCAUUCUUUGCUUAAUUAAAUAGUAGUUUACAGUGAACUGAAAGACAUGCUCUUUGAAUGUUAGAUAUCUGGGUUUAAAUACAAUGUAUGGGAGCUAGUUUGUGUGUCCAUGUGUGAGUUAAGAAAAGGCGAAAAGAAAACAUAAAAUAAUACAUCCGAGAUAAAAUGCUUAAAGCAUUUCGUUGACGUCUUGCCAUACGCUCUAGAUUCCUCACUAAAUGUGAUCAUCUAAUGUUCAUAGUUAAAAAGCUAAUGUAACAGCUUCUGGACAAACUUAUCGUCAGUGGCCAAAUAUCUAUGUUUCUUCACUGUUGAAGGCAUUUGUACUCCAAACCAGGAAUGUAGGGAAUCAAUGAGAAAAAAAAGAUAUUAUAUAGAUAUCGACACCCACUGCUUUUUGCGUUACAGGAUACCUUUAAAAUGCAUAAUUGAACUAAUGCAUUGAAGAAUCAUCAUAAAUCCCAUAGAAGGGUUACACUUAGGUCUUCU